AUGAAGUCAAUAGCUACACUUCUCUUGGUGCUGAACUUUUGCAUGUAUGUCAUAGUUUUAGCCAUUGGUGCAUGGGCUAUGAAUAGAGCAAUAGAUCAUGGUUUCAUUAUAGGUCCGGAAUUCGAACUUCCAGCUCAUUUUUCGCCUGUUUUCUUUCCAAUGGGAAAUGCCUCAACUGGAUUCUUUGUUACAUUUUCUUUGUUGGCCGGAGUAGUUGGUGUUGUAUCAGCAAUUUCAGGAAUCAAUCAUAUCUGUUCAUGGACUUCUAACAGUUUGCCAUCCGCAGCUUCAGUUGCUACCAUGGCUUGGACUCUUACACUUCUUGCCAUGGGCUUUGCAUGGAAAGAGAUUGAGCUUCAAAUUAGAAACGCGCGUCUGAGAACCAUGGAAGCUUUCCUAAUUAUCCUCUCAGUUACACAACUUCUCUACAUAAUUGCUAUUCAUGGUGCUGCUGCAUAUAAUAUAUAUACUUAA